AUGGCUGCACCAGAUCCAGCCAACGUUCGCAUUCUCACCACCCUGGGGCACGUCGAUCAUGGAAAAACCACUCUCAUGGAUGCUCUUCUGGCCGCAAAUAACAUCAUCUCACCGCGGAUGGCUGGAAAGAUGCGUUACCUCGAUAGUCGAGAAGACGAGCAAGAGAGAGGCAUCACAAUGGAGAGCAGCGCUGUUUCGCUUCGUUUCCAGGUCAUGGACAAAGAAAGCAACAGCCCGAAGGUGUACGUCGUGAACAUGACCGAUACGCCGGGCCAUGUCGAUUUUUCGAGCGAGGUCUCUAGUGCCUCGCGUUUAUGUGAUGGGGCUCUGGUCCUCGUCGAUGUCGUGGAAGGAGUGUGUACUCAAACGAUCACCGUGCUUCGACAGGCGUGGUUGGAUAGACUGCGGCCUAUCCUUGUCAUCAACAAGUUCGAUCGGCUUGUGACAGAGCUCCAACUAGCCCCGGUCGAAGCAUACCAUCAUCUCGCGCGGCUCAUCGAACAGGUAAACGCAGUGAUGGGUAAAUUCUUCGAGGGAGACCGCAUGGAGGAUGACUUGCGCUGGAGAGAAGAGCGCGAACGCCGCAUGACGGAGCGGAAAGAGGCCGAAGGAGAUGAUAUCGACUCGGAACUUGACGAGGAGUUCCAAGAAAAGGACGACGAAGAUAUAUACUUCGCACCAGAGCGGGGUAACGUCAUCUUCGCGUCUGCAAUUGACGGCUGGGGAUUCAGGAUAGGCAAAUUUGCCCAGCUCUUCUCCCAAAAGCUGGGAAUGAAGGAGGCAAACCUACGCAAAGUGUUAUGGGGAGACUAUUACAUCGAUCCGAAGACCAAGAAAGUCAUCGGGCAUAAACAUCUAAAGGGCCGAGCACUGAAGCCUUUGUUUGUUCAAUUCAUCCUCGAAAACAUCUGGGCUAUCUACGAUGCUGUCGUAAUCCAUCCGAACAGCGAAAAGGUGCCCAAGAUCGUCGGCGCUCUCAAUCUCAAAAUCCCACCGCGAGACUUGAAAACCAAGGACUCCAGGCACCUCCUCUCGCUCAUCUUCUCGCAAUGGCUUUCCCUUUCGACUUGCAUAAUUCAAACCGCCAUCGACGUUGUCCCUCCUCCUGCUGUCGCUCAGGCGAGUCGGAUGCCGAGGAUACUAUAUCCCAAUGUUUACGAAGCCAAUAUCAAACCCAAAAACAAGUUGGAAGAAGACCUCUUCGCUUCCCGAAACGGACCGGAUGCUACUGUGGUCGCGUAUGUCAGCAAGAUGUUCUCGAUCCCGGCCAGGGAUUUGCCAGAGAACAGGAAGAAGCCGUUAUCUGCCGAUGAGAUGCGAGCCAGAGCAAAGGCUGCAAAGGAGGCGCGACUUGCUACUGAAGGUGCAGACGGCCCAGUUACCGAGGAAGAUGUUGCCCCUGCCGUGGCUGAGGAGGAUGAUACUGCAGAGGCUCUGCUUGGUUUUGCUCGGCUGUAUUCGGGGGUGCUCUCCAUUGGAAUGGUGCUUUGUGCGGUGCUGCCCAAGUACAAUGCUUCACUGGGACCAAGCCAUCCUCUCAAUGCCAAGCACGUGACAUCCGUGACCGUCGAGGGCCUUUAUGUUAUGAUGGGUCGAGAACUCACCGCUGUCGACACCGUUCAGCCCGGCAACAUCUUUGCGAUCAAAGGUCUAGAGGGGAAGGUGUUAAGGAGCGGGACACUCUGUGCUCCAAAUGCUAAUGGAGCUGGAACUACCACCAAGUCUUCACCCGACUUUGUCGUCAACUUGGGCAGCGUCAACCGAGCAGCGCCUCCUAUCCUUCGGAUUGCUUUGGAGCCAGCGAAACCCGCUGACAUGCCGAGACUGAUCGCUGGGAUGAAGCUGCUGAGUCAAGCAGAUCCUUGCGUGGAAACCUUCCAACAACCGACGGGAGAGUGGGUGAUCUUGACAGCAGGCGAACUGCACUUCGAGCGAUGCUUGAAAGACCUGAGAGAGCGCUUUGCACGAGUGGAGAUCCAUGCCUCGGAGCCUAUUGUUCCCUUCCGGGAAACGGCAGUCAAGGGCAUUGAUAUGGCAGCUCCCAAGACAGCCAACGCCGUCCGGGGUACCAUGCACGGAAGCAGUUCACAGGGAAUCGUGACUUUCACCAUCAGAGCUAAGCCGCUCCCGCGGGUCGUGCUGGAUUUUGUGCUUGAGAACGCCGUGACCUUGAAGGCCCUGCUGAAUGAAGGAACAACCAUUCAGAAACCCGAGCAGGACGAUGAUGAUAUCAACAUCGAUGGCGAAGUUGUGCGCGAGCCAGGCGUCAAGCCAGAACAAUUUUGGGACGCUCUCCAGGAAAAAUGCAAAGAAGCGGGCGGGGAGUGGGCAGGGAUCACGGAUCAGAUCUGGUCGUUUGGACCUCAUUAUUCCGGGGGCUGCGUCCUUGUCGACUCCAGGCCUGGAUCGUCGACCUCGUUGAGACGUCGGCUCGAACGGAGCAAGGUCCCUGAAGCUGGUGCAGUGGAGAAAAUCAUCGGGGAAUUCGAUCACAAUAUCGAAACUGGUUUCCAGCUGGCAACUUUCCAAGGGCCGCUGUGCAAUGAGCCGGUAGAGGGGCUCGCUUAUUUCGUGGAGAGUGUCGAGAUUGACCAGGAAAAGCUGUCGAAAGAGAUCGAACAAAAUCGGACAGCGCAAGUGACGGGCUCAGUGAUUUCCGCGUCCCGCGAAGCUUGUAGGAACGGACUGCUGGAUUGGUCGCCGCGGUUGAUGCUGGCGAUGUACUCGUGUGAUAUCCAGGCUUCAGCGGAAGUUCUGGGUAAGGUUUAUGGUGUCGUGGCCCAACGACGUGGUCGAAUUGUUGCCGAAGAGAUGAAGGAAGGAACUUCGUUUUUCCUGGUCUCGGCAGUAUUACCCGUGGUGGAAAGUUUCGGAAUCGCGUUUGACAUCCGCAAGCGCACUUCUGGAGCAGCGAGCCCUCAACUCAUCUUUAGCGGAUAUGAGCUGUUGGAUCAAGAUCCGUUCUGGGUACCAACAACAGAAGAAGAGCUCGAAGACCUGGGAGAAAAGGCGGAUCGCUCGAAUAUCGCCAAGGGCUACAUGGACGCCGUCAGAGAACGGAAAGGCCUCUUCGUCGAUCGAAAGAUCGUCGAGUUUGCGGAGAAACAGAGAACUUUAAAGCGUUGAUAUGUAUCAAAAACUUGAGCAUUAGUCUUGUCACACUGGGCAUCGUCGGGAAUGUGGGAGCGCCUUGGCCGCUAGAUCCGCGGUUUAGCAAGCAGCUCUCUCGGUUCGGGCCAUCUGGCCAGGGACAGGGCCAGCAAGAGCAGUGCAUGGAACGGGUUACAGUGUCCCUUGAGCAUGCUGGUGUCUGACGCCGAUGCAUACCGUGUAGUUGGCAGGCAUAGAAUCACUGAAUGUCCGAGAGAGGGUGUUUCCCGACCACCCGACACGCUGAUGAACAACACCUCGC